AUGGGAAGACACUCGUGUUGCUACAAGCAGAAGCUUCGUAAAGGUCUUUGGUCACCAGAAGAAGAUGAAAAGCUUUUGAAUUAUAUCACCAAACAUGGUCAUGGAUGUUGGAGUUCUGUUCCAAAACUAGCUGGUUUGCAUAGAUGCGGUAAGAGUUGUAGAUUGAGAUGGAUAAAUUACCUUAGACCUGAUUUGAAAAGAGGAGCAUUCUCUCAAGAAGAAGAAAAUUCUAUAAUUGAACUGCAUGCACUUCUCGGCAACAGGUGGUCGCAGAUUGCAGCUCAGUUACCUGGAAGAACUGAUAAUGAGAUAAAGAAUCUAUGGAAUUCAAAUUUGAAGAAGAAGCUGAAACAAAAAGGAAUUGAUCCAAACACACAUCAACCAAUCUCUGAAAUAGUUGAAAACAGUGACAAGGAGAAGCAAGUUGAGGGUGAGAAAAGCAAUAAUCAGACUCAGAAAAGCUCUGUUGGAUCCAAUGAAGUGAAUCUUUUUGAAACAUCAAAGGAAAAUUCAAUUCCUAUGGGUAAUAACUGUAAUUAUCCACUUGAAAUGAAUUCUUCAACUAUUUCAAAUAUGGUUGGAUUAGGAGGAUCAUCAUCAUCAGCAUAUCUCUCUUUUCAACAACUUAACUAUGGAAUCAAUUCACCAAAUUCCAACAACACCAAUUCAUCACUUUGUUUCAUACCAAGUACUAGUGCCGGUUCAACUUCCAUGUCAGAACUCAAUUCCUCAACCAUGUUCCAAUCUAUUCACAACUGGGAAUUCAGUAACAACAACAACAACCAAACCAACAACAACAGCAACAACAACAAUAACUUCAUUGAUCAUGAUCAUAAUCAAGUAAUAGAAGACAUUAAAUGGUCUGAAUAUCUAAACACUACUCCAUUUUUUCUCGGAAACAACAACAACAGCAACAACAACAACGACAACACAAUUCAACAGCAUCAUAGUACAACAAUCUACAGUGAUGAUGUGAUUAAACAAGAAAUGAGAUUCAUUCAUAAUUCAGAUAUAUAUAGCAACAACAACAAAGAUUUUCAGAGAUUUUCACUCGCUUUUGAACAGACACUUUAG